AAACAACCUUUCACCCUCACAUUCACACCUACGGUCAAUUUAGAGUGUCCAUGUAACCCAACUGUAGGAUGUAGCCGGAGAGAACCCCCGCACACAUGGGAAAAAACAUGCAAACUCCACCCAGAGGCCCAUGGUAAAACCAGGAUUUGAACUGGCUUCUUGCUGUGAGGCAACUGUGUGACCCCUCUUGAGGAAUCCCUUGAUGGCAAGUACACAACUCUGUAACUUGUAUCCUGUUUUGGGCCAAAUUCAAUACAUUCUAUACACACUUUUUAAGCCCUAGUGACUUCUGAAAGUGCACUUUUGGCUUUCUUCCCAUUCCCUUAGAUGGGAGCCUGGUCUAGUUAGCCUGUAAUAACCACCCAGGGGUAUUGCCAAGAUGGCUGCUUCAUAAAGAGACUUACAUAUAAGGACUUGGGUCAUGCUUUUACCCAUUUUACUGAAAAUACACUAUGUCCACAGAACCUUUUACCAACCACGUUUAUUGUUGAUGGCAUGAUUUCAGCAUUUUCACAGCCUUCCAAAUUCACACCAUUGGAUCCCUGCUUUUAUUUUCUAUAAAUAGGAGCCAAUUUUUGAGUCCAUUUUCCGUUCACUGCUGUAAAUUUUGUCUAAGAAACGGUGAAGGAGCAACCGUCGGCUAACUGCGGAAGACGUGGAAGCUGCGAAUGGCACCGGUAUUGUCCCUUUAAUCUCUGCUGCACAAAUGGAACUGCAGCUGCUCACUGUCCCAGUGGAAAAACCACAGUGCGCUCACACUGUUCUGCUGCCACGGAGGACCCAGUUUUGGACCCAGGAGGGUGCUUGUACAACUGAAAAGGGGUUCUUUGAGCUCUGGACAUAUUUAUGAGCUAUAUAGAGGACAUCCUAUGGUGUGAUGGGACGUCACAAACUGUUUUGACUUCCUCCGUUUUGAUGAUACAAAGUAGAGGAAACUUUAGAGUAUACUAAACUCCCAGCAGAACUAUAGAUCAACCUAACGUCACAAUAACUUAUAAAAACCUGUAGAUUAACUACACAAAUAAAAUGAAUAUUUCUAAAAAAAAAAAUUAAAAAAAAUAUUGUACUACAAUGUCUUGACGUGGCUGUAUUAUCCAUCAUAUCAGUGUUAUUGACUUUUGUUUUUUUUCCCUUAAAAAAACACUUUAGCACACAUGGGGAGAGCUGUCAAAGCAUGAUAAUACUACAGUCUCUGUAUAUUGUGGGACAGGUAAUGUCUCUUAGUUUGUUAGUUAUCGUUUAAUGUGUCAGAUGUACUCUCGUAGGUGCACUACACUAGCUGGGACUAGGUGUGUGGGCUUGUGAGAAUUGUUCAGACAGACAUUUGUUAUUUGGUUGUCACCGAAAAUGGAGGACACUAAAAAUGUGUGUGAGUGUCAUGCAUUGAUAUGUUUUUUUUUCUUUUCUUUUGGUUUGGUUUGCUUUGCCAUGCUCAAUGUGUGAACUGUUUGUUGUCUGAAUAAGAAAAUACGAAAAAAAAAAAGUCCUGUUCUUAUGCUCACGGUUUUAUUUUUAUUUUAUUUUUUGUCACUUUUCUUUACACGCAGAUGCGCACACACACUCUUUAAAUGUCUGUUUGCCCCCCUUUUAAAGCAGGGUACUUUUUAUUUUAUUGUGCAUUAUAGCUCCACCUGGUGAAUGACUCAUAACUUGCUGCUCAUCUUCAGCUGUGCAUGAAUGUUCAGAGUUUACAUAACAGAUGGGGCCCAUCAGGCAGCUCAGCAUGCCCACCUUUUCAUUUAAUUUUUUUUUACAGUUUUUUUGCUUAGCCAUGCAAUAGUUGAGGCAUAAAUAUUCACGACUUACAUAUAUAUGAAGGAGUAGCUAUUAACAUAUAGGGUAUGGUUUACACAUGAAUGGAUUAACCACAACAUCAGUUAAUAACCUUGUUUUCCCCCCUCACUAAAUGAAAAUACAAUUGACGUUCUGCUGUUUGUCUAAUGCAGCCACCUCAAUAAAGACGACCAGUCACUUGAAGCCAGGCUGAAUGAGUCUUUUCAGAGGUGGAAUCAAUUCAAAGCAAAGUUGUUGCUGAGAGAGACUUGGGGGGGACGGGGUGAGGGGUCAAACUUUGCUGAUGGAUCCCACCCUUCCCCCAUGUUAAGGGGUCUCGACCUCCUGCCUCUGUUGCAUGAAGAGUGUCAAGAGAAACGCUUUAAAGAAAGACAAGAACCGGAUGUUUGUUCUUGCCUUCAACAUAAAAGCACGUGAACCUGGGAUGAGGGGAAGUGGGUGCACAGAGAAAAGGCUGAGAAAAAUCGUCAUGGACAAUAAUAGUAAAGUCAAAUAUGUUGACAGUGAAUACAACUAUCAAUAUCACAAACUGUGCUAUGUGACAUCUAAGAUACUAAAACAAGAUUUAAAUGUAUGAAAUCAUCAAUAUAGUAACAGUAGUAGUAAUUGUAUUGACAAUAAAGCACAUUUCAAGCAGGUGUUAACACAGUGUUAUGGCAGCCCAUGAACAAGUAGAAUGGAAAUGGGCUUCUAAUUGGAGGGUCGUAGGUUCAAAUCCCAGGAAAGAUCAACGGCUGGGGUGUCCCUGAGCAAGGUACCCAACCACUAUUGCUUCCCUCAUGGAGAUAAGUGCAGCCCACAGACUAAUCACUAAAUGGUGUGUGUGCAAAUAAAACGAAUUCUAUUGAGUUUGUUAAAAAAGAGACAAACAAAAAUAAACUGUUAGUCUAAUAACACAGCGAAUUAAACAAGCACAUAAUUUUAAUAAAAAGGAUUGUAGAACCAUUAUUUGCUCGCCAGAGGGCGUAGUUGCUCAUCCUGCACCGGACUUUUAUUUUCUAAACCGUACCGGAAGUGCGUCCCCACUGCUCCUGCUCCGAGUUAUUAUUAAACACUGGUUUCUGUGUCAUGACUGUAGCCCCGAGUUGCGUUUUCAAACACGAGAAUGCGGCGUUACAGUCGUGCACUAAUGUUGUGCACGGUGUUUGCCGUGUUUUCCGGCUUUUAUGUUUACAGUAAACUGCUGAACUCGGACGCGUCGCUCGGAGGGAACCACGGACCGAAGAGGAGUUUCAUUCCGGCCGGAGCCAGCCGAGGGGCCGCGGACAAAACGGGGCCCAAAAACAUUCGCUGGUACAACAGGUACAUCAUGCGCCAGCGGGGUCAGGCGGAGGCUGGUGGUGGAGGUGGCAGCGUUCAGAGUGGACCCGAGCCUCCCAUGCACCUGGCCGUGGUGGCCUGCGGUGACCGGCUGGAGGAGACUCUCGUUAUGAUCAAGUCUGCUGUGCUCUUCAGCGUUAAACGCCUCGACUUGCACAUCUUUGCUGAAGAUCAGCUGCACGCCAGCUUCAUUGAGGCUUUGGAGUCGUGGCCUGGCUUUAUUCGCUCCCGGUUCAAGUACACAGUCUACCCCAUCAGCUUCCCCAGUGAGAACGCGGCCGAGUGGAAGAAACUCUUCAAACCCUGUGCAUCUCAAAGACUCUUUUUACCUCUAAUCCUGAAGGACGUGGAUUCGCUCGUUUACGUGGAUUCAGACAUCCUGUUCCUGCAGCCCGUCGACCGCCUGUGGGCGUUCCUGUCUCGGUUUAAUUCCUCUCAGCUGGCGGCCAUGGCCCCCGAGCACGAGGAGCCCCGCAUCGCCUGGUACAACCGCUUCGCCCGCCACCCCUUCUACGGCAGGACGGGCAUCAACUCGGGCGUCAUGCUCAUGAACAUGACAAGGAUGAGGAGCGUGUUCUUUAAGAAUGACAUGACGUCUGUGGGGCUGCGUUGGGAGGAGCUGCUGAUGCCGUUAUUGCAGAAAUACAAACUUAACAUAACCUGGGGCGACCAAGACCUCCUGAAUAUUAUUUUCCACCACAACCCAGAGACGUUGCUGGAGUUUCCGUGCCGGUGGAAUUAUCGCCCAGAUCACUGCAUCUACGGCAGCAACUGCGCCUCAGCCGAGGAGGACGGUGUUUACAUACUGCACGGAAACCGAGGAGUUUACCACGACCACAAGCAGCCGGCCUUCAGAGCCGUUUACGAGGCCAUACAAAAGUUCUCCUUCGGUACAGACCCAGUGACUUCUCUGUUGGAUCCUCUAGAAGAGGAACUGUUGAAGACGACGCACACUUAUUGUGGUAAAUCCCACGCACUCUUCACAAAGAACCUGGCAAGCAGCCUGGCAAACGCCAACAGGAAGUCUCCCGGUGGACGGUGACAGAAUGAAAUCCAACGUUGGACAGAUGCCACGUUAAGGCGCUAAGAUAAGCAACAAUGCUCACUGAGGCUAACAACCUAAAUGUGGUGUUCUUGAACAGGAAGUUGAACUUUCCGUUAUUGAUUUUUUUGAAGCCGAUUGAGUGACGGAGUGCUUUUUUAGUUGCUACCACUAUUUUUUUAGCCAUUACACUGAAAAAACCCCGACAUACCUCUUUCACGGUGGAAGUGUGGAGUUAGUGGACCCCUGCGCGUUGUGAAAACGUGAAACUGCACAUUGAAUGGGUGACAGUUGGAGUGAACUGUUGCGUAUGUUGCUCUGGAUAAGAGCGUUAUGUAAAUAUGUGAAAUCUACUGUAAAUGUAGCGUGAGAGCAAAAAAAACACGGCCUUUGGCGACGUGAGUGAAGAUUGGAGAUAUCUGUAUUCAGAAGAUGAUUUCUUGACUUUCCAUAUUGGAGAAUUUAUUCAGCCUUUUGUAAAAAAAAAGGGACCAUAUCAGAACUGUUAAAAGGCUUUUUUUGCUGGACCUGUUUUAUAUUUUUUUAAGGGACGCACUGGACCACUUUUGUAGCCUCCAAAAACCACUCUGUAGAGGAAAGUAAUCGAGUGGAAUGAGUAGCAAAAAAAAGGAAGGUUUUCUUGUGGUACAAUGCAAAUGUUUUGCAGUCUCUCUUUUUUACGAUUGUGAUUCCGCAUAGUUGUUUAUUUGUUUUGUUUUCUAUCUUUUUCUCAUGUUUGAUUCACUUUGCUGCCGAAUUUUUAAAAGGUAAAUGCAGAAAUGACAAAAGUUCUAUAACGGGAAUACAUUAGCAUCUAAAAUGCUUUUGCACAUAUGAAUAAGCUACAAGUUCCCUCUUGAUGCCAAAGUCUUUGUUUUAUUACUGUAAUUACGGGCACCGGUGAAUGUAUUUUGAAUGUUGUGAAUGUUACGAGUGUCAGUGGCGUGGGUGUUAAGCGAGGACGUCCAUUAUCACAUUUCUAUGCUGUUUACUUGUCAGUGCUGAAUUUUUAUACAUAUAUAUAUUAAAGAUCAUUUCAUUUAUGUAGUGUUUUCUCCAGCAGUGAGUCCUGUCUAACCACUAGAGGGUAGCAUUUUUUCAUGUGACCGCUCGUCUUUCUCUUUUAUGUGACUGUUUUGAGGAAGGAAAAGUACUUGGAGGAACCAAUAAAUGUGGGCCGUUUAAAAUGCA